AUGUCCGAGGUUGGCGGCGGUGGCCUCUAUGGUCACCACCAGCCAUCGGUUCACAAUGGCAAGUACGACGAUGAAGAGGCGCCCGGUGAUGUAACGGGCGACGUUCCCCUGCUGCCCCACGAUGGGUCCCGGUACGCCUAUGCGCCUGCGAGCGCCUUUGACGACGAGGGCCGCAUCAUGGGGCACCAGUCGCUCGACGACGACGCCUCAUCUUACGUCCCCGGCGGCUUCGAUCCUAGCCUCAUCGAGCAAGGACAAUCGGUCGCCAACACCAAUGUGCGCUAUGGCCGCAUUCCCCAGCGUGUACCAAGGCGGUACAAGACGCUGAAGCGCGUCGAGCUCUUCCACGGCAACCUCGUUCUCGAUUGCCCCACGGCACCCGCGCUCCUGGAGAAGGUCAACGACCGCGAGAGCCGAGAGAUGACACAUGCGAGGUACAGCGCUGUGACGAGCGACGCAGACGACUUUGUCGACGAGAGGUACACCCUUAGACAGGUCCUCUUCGAUCCGCCCAGGCGGACCGAGCUGAUGAUCUGCCUGACAAUGUACAACGAGGACGAGGUGCUGUUCUGUCGCACACUUCAUGGUGUUCUCACCAACAUUGCUUUCCUGUGCAGCCGCACUCGAUCGCGCACCUGGGGUUCCGACGCCUGGAAGCGCGUCGUUGUCGUGAUCGUCGCCGACGGUCGAAUGAAGUGCAACCCGCGAGUGCUUUCGGUCCUGGCUGCCAUGGGCGUCUACCAGGAGGGCGUUGCAAAGAACGUUGUCAAUGGAAAGCCCGUCAAGAUGCACGUGUAUGAGUACACGACGCAGCUGAGCGUGGACCCGAACCUCAAGUUCAAGGGCCGGGAGAAGGGAGUGAUGCCAUGCCAGAUCAUCUUUGCGAUGAAGGAGAAGAACGCCAAGAAGAUCAACUCUCAUCGCUGGUGCUUCAAUGCCUUCGGAAGGGUCCUCCAGCCAAAUGUGUGCAUCCUCCUCGACGUGGGCACCAUGCCCAGGUCCAAGUCCAUCUACCAUCUUUGGAAGGCGUUUGACAUCAACUCCAACGUCGCCGGCGCCUGCGGUGAAAUUGUCGCCCUGAAGGGAAAGCUCUGGUCAGCCCUUCUCAACCCCCUUGUGGCAGCACAGAAUUUCGAGUACAAGAUGUCAAACAUCCUCGACAAGCCUCUCGAGUCGGUAUUCGGGUAUAUCACUGUCCUACCAGGUGCCUUCUCGGCCUACCGGUACAUUGCCUUGCAAAACGAUGCAAAGGGAAACGGACCCUUGGCAUCGUAUUUCAAGGGUGAAACUCUUCAUGGCGGCACUGCCAACGCCGACAUCUUCACUUCGAACAUGUACUUGGCGGAGGACCGAAUUUUGUGCUGGGAGCUUUGCAGCAAACGCGAUGCUGCCUGGAUCCUUCAUUACGUCAAGAGCGCCCAGGCAGUCACGGACGUGCCAGACUCGGUACCGGAGCUGAUCAGCCAGCGUCGUCGGUGGCUCAAUGGCUCCUUCUUUGCUGGACUGCACUCCAUCGUCAAGUUCUCGUACAUCUACCGAUCGAGCCAUUCGCUGGGGAGGAAGAUAGCCCUACACUUCGAAAUGCUCUACCAGCUUAUCCAGCUCCUUUUCACCUGGUUCGGCAUCGCAAACUACUUCCUCGCCUACACAAUCCUCACAGGCUCCCUGUCCGACUCUGUGCACGCUCUCAAGAUCCCCAACCUGAUCCUGACCUACGUCUACGUCGCCCUCAUCAUUUUCAUCUUCCUAUUGGCCAUGGGUAACCGCCCCGCCGGCGCUAAGCUCGGCUACACGCUCUCUAUGGUUCUCUUUGGGCUCUUCGCCCUCUACAUGACGGCCGCUGCCAUCUACCUCGCCGUGACGAGCGUCAUCAAUUCGGAAAAGGCAGCCGACAGCGCCACAGCCCUUCUCACAAAUUACACGUUUAUCGCUAUCGUCAUUUCCGUCACAGCCACCUUUGGCGUCUACCUUCUCGCCUCGAUUUUGUUUUUGGAGCCGUGGCACAUGUUCACCUCGCUUAUCCAGUACUAUCUCUUGGCUCCUUCUUUCGUCAGCGUCUUUGGCGUCUACAGCAUGUGCAACGUCCACGACGUCUCGUGGGGCACAAAGGGUUCCGACAAGGUCCAGACCGAUCUCGGUGUGGUCUCUGGUGGCGGCAAGGAUGGGCAAGUCGAGAUCAACUUGCCUACAGAGGCAAAGGACAUCAACGAGAUGUACGAGGAUGCCGUGCACGUCCUAUCUCAGCCUGCGCCCAAGCGUGAAGAUAAGGUCGAUCCGGACACGGCGCAAAAGGACUACUACUCCGCCAUCCGUACGAACGUCGUUCUCGUCUGGGUCAUCUCCAACGCGGCCCUCUGCGUCGUCAUUCUCAGCAUCAAUAACAGCAAGGUCAAGAUCAUCUACAUGGGCGUUCUCCUGUAUGCAGUCGCUGUCUUGGCCGCUUUCCGACUUGGCGGAAGCAUCACCUACCUCGUCAAGCGGCUCUUUGCAGGCGAGUGA